AUGGCGGCAGGACUGGAGCUGCCCGGCGACCUCACCGCCGCCGUCCUGCGCCGCCUCCCGCCGCGGAGCCUGGCCGUGUCCCGGUGCGUCUGCAGGGCGUGGCGCGACGCCGUCGACGCGCGCCGGCUGCAGCGCGCGGACCUGCUCCCGCGCUCCGUGGGCGGCAUCUUCAUGAACUACUGCACGCUCUACUCCCCGGAGCUCCUCUCCCGCCCCACCGCGGGCCGCUCCGUCUCCGGCGACCUCGAGUUCAUCCCCGGGAUCUCCGAGGUCGUGGACCACUGCGACGGCCUCUUGCUCAUCGAGGAGACCUCGGCCGAUUACGUGGCCAACCCCGCGACGCGGCGGUGGGCGCGGCUGCCACCGUGUCCGAUGCGGCGGACGGGGGACGACGCCUUUCGCCAGAUCAAAUGCCUCGUCUAUGAUCCAACCAUGUCACCGCACUACGAGGUGUUCUUGAUCCCUUCUUCCCUCCCUGACAAAAACCCGAACCCUGACAUGGCGCCAUCCAAGUGGCCGCCAUCAUCGCACGCACUGCAACUGCAAGUGUUCUCAUCAAUAACUGGGUGCUGGGAGGAGAGGUCCUUUGUUCUGGAAGGAGAGCACCGGGAGGAGGUUCGGGAUGAAUGCCGCGUCAUCGACAGCAAAAUCUAUUGGCGAGGAGCGCUCUACGUUCUCUGCAAAAUUGGUUUUGUUCUGAGGAUAUCCAUGUCAAGUGCAAAGUACAGAUGGGUUCCGGGACCAUCACGUGUUUGAAUUUAGGCACUAUGGAUACCUUUCUUUGGGAAGAUCGGAGAAGGGGGUUUACUGUGCAUUCCAGCAUGAUUGGCAAGGCCUUCGAAUUUUUCACCUCAAUGAAUCAAGUGCUCAAGUGGGAUGGGAAUUGAAGCAUUGUGUUGAUUUCACAUCCUUCGCCCGGAAGCUUCACGAAAGGGACUGCAGUGAGCAACAUGAAGGACCUUGGAUAUUGCAGGAUAUCAACUAUUACAAAUAUCCUUAUGGGAAUGAUAAGCAUAAAGAGGCAGUGGAAGAUAACUUUGAAUGGAACUCCGACGACGAUAACGUUCUCGACACAGAGGAUAUGGUUGAAGGGUCCUAUACGGGACAUACCAGCUUUCUUGGAUUCCAUCCUUACAAAGAGAUUGUCUUCUUGGAUGCAGAUUUGAGGAGAGCAGUAGCUUAUCACUGGAAUACCUCCAAGUUUCAGGAUUUGGGCAACAUAUACCCAGAAGGUUACUCUGAAUCUGCUAUUAAUUGUGCACAAAUAGAGGCCGCCUUCAUAUACACACCGUGCUGGAUGGAGGAUUUCCCAGGAAAUAAUUUGGAAGCACGGAUUGAAGAUUAGCACAAAUUAAAUGUGUGCUACUUGUGGAAGCCAUGGAGUAAACAGUGCAGUCAUGUUUUACUCUCUGUCCUUAUGCCGUGUGUUUCUGUUUGGAAAUACAUCAGGAUCAAGACCUCUACCCUAUAUACACUGCUGGAUUACCUUGAUCGCCUUUUACUUCCCAAAUAGGAGCGGUUCAUCAAAUGUUCGCAUGUAGCACCAUUUCGUAACUACUUGAUAUGUUCCGCUGCAUAUUUGUUAAUAAUUUUUCUAGGUAUAGCGGUGAAUCACAUGGGAACACCUGUGUUGGCUGCUACAAUUUCAAUUUCAAUAAUUUGAAAGUCCAUGGUUUUGUAGGAAUUUGCUGUCCUCUCGUGUUUAUGCUUC